UUGGCGGACAUUUGGGGUGUCGUCUGCUCAGCUCCGCUUGUGCCAGGGACUCUAACCAUCAGCACAAAUGUCCCUACGCAGUCGCGGUAUCGAUAUAAUAAGGGAUCCUCGCAGAAACAAGGGGUUAGCCUUCACCCUUCGAGAGCGCCAGGUUCUAGGCAUCCAUGGCCUGAUUGCGCCAGCGCUGUACAAUCAAGACAAGCAGGUGUACCGAGUUAUGCAGAGCUUCCAUCGCUGGGACAACGACUUUGACCGCUACCUUGAUCUCAUCGCCCUCCAGGAUCGCAAUGAGAAGCUCUUUUACCGUGUGGUGACAGAGAAUGUGGAACUCAUGAUGCCAGUCAUAUACACACCUACUGUUGGUCUUGCCUGCCAGAAAUUUGGACUAGUGUACAGAAAACCAAGAGGGCUCUAUAUCUCAAUUUAUGACCUUGGACAUGUCUACAGUAUCUUUUGCAACUGGCCUGUGGAUGAUGUGAAAGCUAUUGUUGUGACAGAUGGUGAAAGAAUUCUUGGCUUGGGAGAUCUUGGUGCUUAUGGCAUGGGGAUCCCUGUGGGCAAACUAUCACUCUACACUGCUCUUGCAGGAAUCCAUCCUCAUCAAUGUCUACCCAUUUUGCUGGAUGUUGGCACUAACAAUGAGACUCUUAGAAAUGAUCCACUGUAUAUUGGGCUCAAUCAGAAAAGAGAGCGAGGCAAGAAAUAUGACCAGUUUAUAGAAGAGUUUAUGCAAGCAGCAGUAAGGAGAUAUGGCGAAAAUGUUCUAAUACAGUUUGAGGACUUUGGAAACGAGAAUGCUUUCCGAUUGCUGGAAAAGUACCGUCAACAUUAUUGCACUUUUAAUGAUGAUAUUCAAGGAACAGCCAGUGUGGUACUUGCCGGAAUUACGGCCAGUCUUCGACUGACUCAAAAACCUUUGGAGGACAAUCUUUUUGUAUUUCUGGGAGCAGGAGAGGCAUCAAUAGGGAUUGCAAAUCUUCUAACAAAAGCACUGAUGAAGAAAGGCUUGAGCAAAGAAGAGGGUUGUAGCAAGAUCUGGCUUGUUGACGCCAAGGGCCUUGUUGUGAAGGACAGACCAUCAGGGGAUAUAACUCACGAAAAAGCUCCAUUUGCCAAGGAAUACCAACACCUAGUUAAUCUAGAGCAGAUCAUCAAGACGCUGAAGCCAACAGCUAUUAUUGGUGCUGCAGCAUGCCCAGGAGCAUUCACAGAGGAGAUCCUGAAGGACAUGGCAUCAUUCAACAAACGCCCCAUAAUCUUUGCCCUCAGCAAUCCCACUAGCAAGGCUGAGUGUACAGCAGAGCAAGCCUAUUCCUUUACCCAGGGCCGUGCAGUGUUUGCCAGCGGAAGUCCAUUCAAUCCUGUGACUUUUGGCAGGGAAGAGUACACACCAGGGCAGGGCAACAAUGCCUACAUCUUUCCUGGAGUGGCACUUGCUGUCACAUCCUUAAGCAUCAGGUGUAUAACUGAAGAUAUCUUUCUAAAGGCAGCAGAGAGUCUUGCAGAAUCUGUGACUGAAAAGGACCUGGAAGAGGGCCGUGUGUACCCACCCUUGUCAUCCAUCCAAUCUGUGUCUUUAAAAAUUGCAACAGACAUUGCCACAUUCGCAUAUAAGAACAGAUUAGCCCUACAUAUACCUGAGCCCGAGAACCUAGAGAAAUUCAUCAGAUCCCUCAGGUACAGCACAGACUAUGAAAGUUACGCUCCUGACAUCUAUGAAUGGCCAGAAAAUGCCAAGCAAUAAAUCAGGUAAAUUAUUUCUAAACUCCUAGAAAUUACCGACGAAUUGUGCAUCUUAGAUGUUGCCUUCUAUCUUGUGGCAACCAAUUUCAGUCAAUGAAGUGAUGAAUUAAUGGAUUUGUAUGUCUAUAAAGGCGGCAGAUAUUUAACUUACAGAUUAGCCGGAAGGAUAUAAGCAAGAUAACACAAGAUUAUUUAGAUUUUCGGUUGUUGCCAAUAUUUUAAAAUAUUCUUUGUACUGUGUAGACUAGAUACAUGAUCUGCCAAUUAUUCUUUUGGACCAGCAGUGGUAAUGUGUUAUGAAAGUAAAUGCAUAAACCGAAAGUCCUUCGCCCUUGGUUCAUGUCUAAUUUUUCUGAAGUAAAUUUAAAUUCUCUUUAACAUCAGAAUUGCCAGCCAUUUCUAGCUUAGGUUACGUAUUUAAAUUGGUGCUUAAUUCAAAACAACUUCUCAGAGUUUGAUUUGUAGUCUGUCAAAAUGUGAGUUAUACACUUGGUAGCAGCAAAGUACCACAGAACUAUAAGAGUAUCCACGAUGUUUCCAUACUAAACUACUGGCUACCAAGUGCAAACCAUCUGGCAGGAGCACAUAUUUCUGUUCUCUAUUGUACUGUGUGAACAGCAAAGUGAAAUUAAGAUACUGUUUUAUAAAAAUUUAAACUUCUGUUUCAUGUGCCAUUUAAAACAUAUUGUUCUCUUCAUUAAAAAAAAUAUUCUGAAUGAUGACUCUACUAAAUCUCUUUUUUUUUAAAGUUCUCCACUGUUUAAAAUUAUUAAGAUCGCAGGAACCCAAGAUAUCAGAUGUUGGUUGCUGAUGUAUUUUGUCACUGCCUGCACUAACUUAAUCUCAGUUUAUUGUUUAUUGGCUUAGUCCAAUUAUCAUCUAAAUUCCUUUUUUUUUUAGCUUGUUCUUAAACAAAGUAACAUCAAGCAAAAAAGAAAAUUGUUAUUCACUUCAUGAGCCUGUUUUUACACUGUGAUAAUCAAACUAGAAUAAUUAAACAGUCAUGACAUUUUUUAAAAUAUUGUAUGUCACUCAUUGUCUAGCAGGCUGUGCUCUGAAAAUGUCAAUUUUGAUGUGCACAAAAGCCCAGCAUUAGAUGAUCUGAUUUCAAGGAAUUUUUUUUCUGAUAAUUAAGCAGAUUUUGCCCAGUAUUGUUCUUAUCUACCAGUUUUGAAAAAAAAAAUUAAAACACUAGAUCUGU